CCGGGCCGAUAUUCACAUGAAAUUCGACCAUUCAAAACGAUCGUCUUUGAAUGAUCUCUCGUGUGUUCCUGCGCCAGCCUCCGGAGGCAAGCGCGAUAGGGUGAACUGAAUAAAACGAUAAGCGAGCAAGCGAGCACCACCCCACCACGCAGAAGCACCCCUCCCCGCAAAAUUCUUUCCUUUGGUGGGGCAAUCAUUCGAGCUGUUUAUUUACGACCCUCGCAUCCACAGCUACCUUCGACACACCGCGACAACAACCAACAAUGGCGACCGCACCCACGACCGGAGCUCUGACUGACUACAGCUCCACGGUCGCGGACCUGCCCCGUGAGCGCACCGCGGUCUCCAUGAACCUUCCGGAUGGCACUCCAGAUUACCUGCGGCUCAUCCUGACGUCGCGGAUCUACGACGUUCUCAAGGAGACUCCUGUGACCUCGGCGGUGAACCUGAGCGGAAAGCUGGGCUACAAGGUGCUGCUGAAGCGCGAGGAUCUGCAGCCCGUGUUCAGCUUCAAGGUGCGCGGCGCAUACAACAAGAUGGCGCACUUGCCGGUCGAGGAGCGGUGGAAGGGUGUUGUUGCGUGUUCUGCUGGCAACCACGCGCAGGGAGUCGCCUUCUCGGCAAAACACCUCGGCAUUCCGGCGACUAUCGUGAUGCCGCUCGGCACCCCGACCAUCAAGCAUCAGAAUGUUAGUCGGCUCGGCGGAAGGGUCAUCCUCUAUGGCCAGGACUUCGACUCGGCGAAGGAGGAGUGCAAGCGCCUCGAGAUCAAGCACGGACUGACGAAUAUCCCGCCGUUCGACGACCCCUAUGUCAUCGCUGGCCAGGGUACCAUAGGCAUGGAGCUGCUGAGACAGUGUAACAUUGCGGAUUUGGAGGCGGUGUUUUGCUGUGUUGGUGGUGGAGGCUUGAUUGCCGGCAUUGCGGUGUAUCUGAAGCGCGUGGCGCCGCAUGUCAAGAUUAUUGGUGUGGAGACAUACGAUGCGAACGCUAUGGUCCAGUCACUGAAGGAGGGCACGAGAGUUACACUUCAAGAGGUUGGUUUGUUUGCAGACGGUGCGGCGGUGAAGGUCGUGGGAGAGGAGACGUUUAGGCUGUGCAAGGAGCAUGUGGAUGAGGUUAUUCAGGUCACGACAGACGAGACCUGUGCAGCCAUCAAAGAUGUGUUCCUAGACACACGAUCCAUUGUCGAGCCUGCUGGCGCCCUGGCCCUUGCUGGUCUCAAGAAGUACGCCACUCGGCAUCAGCCGUCGAGCCCCAGCUCCUCCCUCUGCGCCAUCCUCUCGGGCGCCAAUAUGGAUUUCGACCGCCUGCGGUUCGUCGCCGAGCGUGCCCGAUUGGGAGAAGGCAACGAAGUGCUCCUUUCCGUGAUCGUUCCAGACCAGCCCAAGGUCUUCAAUUCGAUGAUGCAGUGCAUCCUUCCGCGACCAGUCACGGAGUUCUCUUACCGUUUCGGCGAUCCGGACAAAGCCGUGAUCUUUAUGUCUAUCCUUGUGCAGGAUAGAGAUACGGAGAUCCCACAAAUCCUCGGGUCUUUCCAAAAGAAGGGAUUCGUCGGUCAUGAUAUCAGCGAAAAUGAGCUAGCUAAAUCUCAUGCGAGAUACCUCGUUGGUGGGAGGUUGCCCGAUGCCAUCACGGUGGAAGAACGCCUGUAUAGAUUCGAAUUUCCCGAGAGACCAGGUGCGCUCGGAAAGUUCUUGGAGCUGCUGAACCCUGAAUUCAACAUUUCUCUGUUCCACUACCGCAACCACGGAGGAGAUGUCGGAAAGGUGCUGGUCGGCAUCCAAGUACCUCCUGGAAAGAAGGCAGACCUCGAGAUGUUCCUUUCUGAACUGGGAUACCCCUUCGUAGACGAGACGCAAAAUUUGGUAUAUAGAAACUACCUAUUGCCGUCUUCGACAGCGGCAGCGGCGGAUGGAAAACAUGAGGAAUAGAUAUCACCGAAUAGAGCAAUAAACUGGGAUAGAGUCGAGGUGUGGGUUUUUUGUAUGAUUAUUGCACGGGGCGCACAAAAGAAUGAAUUUGAUUUGGCGUCGCAGUA